AUGCCGUAUUCAAGUCUCUUCCGAUCGGAAGAGAUGUCUCUCAUCCAACUAUAUAUACCACAAGAGACUGCUCAACCAACCGUUGCAGAAUUAGGAGAAUUAGGCUUGAUUCAAUUUCGAGAUUUGAACCCUGAUGUUAAUGCGUUUCAACGCGCUUUUGUCAAGGAAAUUAGGCGAUUCGAUGAAAUAGAAAGACAUCUAAGAUUUUUUGAUGCACAAAUUAAAAAAUCUGAUAUCCCUAUUCAACCACUCACUGGUGAUGUACGAAAUAUACAUGCCCGAAGUCCUCAAGAGAUUGAUGACCUUGAAGGAAAAAUUAUAGAACAUGAACGGCGCAUCACCAAUAUGAAUAAUUCUACAGAGACUUUACAAAAACAAUACUUAGAAUUAACCGAGAUGAGAUACGUGCUACAGGAGACUAGAAUAUUUUUUGAUGAGGCUACAUCUCGUCAAGAUACCAUACGCAAUUCCUUUGAUGAGCCUACUGCACCAUUACUGGAACAACAGCAGGACAUUGAACAUGGUGAAUCCUUGGUUCUCCAUCAUCUUAAUCUUGGGUUUGUUACUGGGGUUAUUGCGCGAGCAAAAAUGCAAACUUUUGAACGUAUACUUUGGCGUGCAUUGCGUGGAAACUUAUACCUGAAAUAUGUUGAAAUUGAUGAACCAAUUACCGAUCCAGAGACCGAUGAAGUACUAGAGAAAAACGUAUUUAUUAUAUUUGCUCACGGAAAAGAAAUCUUAAAUAAAAUCAAGAAAAUAUCGGAAUCAUUAGGUGCAACCCUUUAUCCCGUAGAUGACAGCCCUGAGCUGAGGGAUAACAAAUUAACUGAAAUUACAUUACAAAUUGAGGACCUUAAUGUUGUCUUGCAAAAUACUAAAAAUACUCGAAGAACAGAGUUGCAAAAAAUUUCUGAGAAUUUGAAUAUUUGGAUGACAAUCGUUAAGAAAGAGAAAGCAAUUUAUCAUACAAUGAAUUUAUUUAAUUACGAUUCGAGUCGCAAGUGUUUAAUUGCAGAGGGAUGGUGUCCGAGUAAUGACUUCGAUAAAAUUAAUCAAGCUCUGAGAACUGCUACUGAUCAAUCUGGUUCAACUGUACCAUCAAUUUUAAACGAGCUUCGCACGACAAAAGAACCACCUACUUUUAUUCGUGUCAACAAGUUCACUGUUGGCUUUCAAGAUAUAGUUGACGCGUACGGUGUGGCAAAAUAUAGAGAGGUUAAUCCCGGAUUAUUCACUAUUAUUACGUUCCCUUUCCUUUUUGCUGUCAUGUUUGGUGAUUUUGGUCAUGGAUUGUUGGUCACAGCAGCUGCGUUAUAUCUUGUUAUCCGCGAGAAAAAGUUAGAGGGAAGCAUAACUGACGAGAUAUUUGCUACGUUCUUUAGUGGCCGCUACAUCAUUCUAUUGAUGGGUUUGUUCUCCAUCUAUACUGGAUUGAUAUACAACGAUUGCUUUUCACUACCACUUAGAUUAUUCCCAUCCGGAUUUCGGCGGCUCCCUAAUCAAACUGAAGCUCAGCAAAUUGGGGUUUAUCCUUUUGGUAUUGAUCCUGCAUGGCAUGGGUCGGAUAACUUUUUGGUUUUUACCAAUUCGUAUAAGAUGAAAAUGUCAAUUAUCUUAGGUGUUAUUCAGAUGAGCUUUGGCAUCAUCCUUACAGUGUAUAAUUAUACCUAUUUUAAAAAGCGAUUAAGCAUCUGGGCUGAGUUCGUUCCUCAAAUGUUAUUUAUGCAAUGCAUAUUUGGCUACCUUGUAUUUACAAUAAUACUAAAGUGGUCUAUCGACUGGCAUAAACGUGAUGAUAAUGGUAAACUGGUUUAUGGUUCACCUCCAGGAUUAUUAAAUAUGUUGAUUUAUAUGUUUUUACAACCCGGUGUUGUGGCUGAAGAGGAUAAAUUAUUUCCUGGACAGGGAUUUAUUCAAGGCAUGCUUCUUUGUAUUGCUAUAAUAUGCGUGCCAUGGAUGUUGCUUGCAAAACCUCUUAUUAUGAGACACGAUCAUAAGAAGAUUCGUUCUCAGGGUUAUCAUAACCCUCAAACGGACGCUACACGUGUGUCAACCGAUGAAAACAACGAAUACGGUGGUGCUGUGGUUGCUGAAGAAAUGUUUGAAGUAGAAGAAUUUGAUUUUGCUGAAAUUAUGAUUCAUCAGUCUAUACAUACGAUUGAAUUUUGUUUAGGUUGUAUUUCAAAUACAGCUAGUUAUUUACGGUUAUGGGCUUUAAGUUUAGCACAUGCUCAACUUUCGUCAGUACUAUGGGAUAUGACACUCAGCCCUACACUUGGAAUGUCUGGUGUAUUAGGAACAAUUGCGUUCAUUAUUGCAUUUUGUUUAUGGUUCAGUUUAACGGUUUUUAUUUUAUUGUUAAUGGAAGGUUUAUCAGCCUUCUUACAUGCUUUACGUUUGCAUUGGGUCGAAUUUAACAAUAAAUUUUAUGAAGGAACUGGUAAAAAAUUUGAACCAUUUGCAUUUAAAAUGAUUCUGAAAGAACAAGACA